AUGCAUGGUCAUGAGAGAAUGAUAAGUGGGAGUCGACGUGAGGGAUUCAAACUGAUAACAUCAGAUGUGGAUUGGAUGUCCUGGAAUCCAAAACACAAAGUUAUAUGUGAUCUCUCUCAAGUCAGUCUCUACCGUAUCCCACAACACACUGUGAUCCUGAUGGAGGGUGAUGAUCUACCACCAGGAUUUACCAGACUUAAUCUGAUGAGUCCCUCAAAUGAUGAAAACAUCAGAUCUUCUUGUGUUAUACAGAGGCGUGUUGAGGGAUCAACCGAUUUCAACAAAACGUGGAAUGAGUACAAAGAUGGAUUUGGUUCUGUGAACUCAUCUUAUUGGUUGGGAAUUGACGUCAUUCAUCUGUUAACCAAACAGAAGCCGUCUCUGUACGUGUCUAUAACGCUGACCAAUAAAACUACUCUAUAUCAGCAGUACGGGGAAUUCUCCAUAUCCAACGAGGCAGACAACUACAGACUUUACCUGAAUGGACCGACCACAGGAAUACUAGGUGAUAGCAUAAUGUUGACAACAGGAAUGUCUGACACAAAUCUGUUUGGGAUGACAUUUAGUACACUAGACAGAGAUAAUGUUGAACACAGGAAUGUCUGA